AUGUGUGAAACGAGUAAGACAGGAUCUGAAGCAAAGGCAUUGUGGAAAAAAAUAAGACAUUCAUUGGGGGAUGCGCUUAGGAGGCAGCAAAAAUAUUUCAAAAGUGCAGCACCAGCGGAAGCUAUUAAAGAAUGGAAAUUUCAGAAAGAGAUGGGAUUCCUGCAGCUCUACAUGGCCAAUAAAUCGAGAGAAGGGAACCUUCGAGAAGACGAUGGAAAUGAAAACGUUACUGAAGGUUCUAAAGAAUAUGUAACAUUUGCAGAGGUCGAGGAUGAAACUGUAGAAGAAGUGAAUAUACAGCAGCAAAAGGAAAGCAUAAAGGAUGAAGCUCAACCACAGAAACUUCCACAAAUUUGCCUCCGAGAGCAGCUUAAACCCCUACAUCAUAUGCAACUCCGAAAUCAGCUAAAAAAUUUAAGAUAA